GGUACGAAGCCUGGAGUAAUCAAAGAGAUUUAGGACAGAAAAAGGAAUUUUUAUUCUCUAUUUAAAGGCGUCAAGUGUCUGAUGUCAGAAGAAGGUCAUUCCAGGAGAAAGAUAUGUUCGGGGUCCUUGUUCCAAAAAUAAGUUAUAAAAAGUCAUUUAAAAACUUUGGCUUUUAGGGAGAGGGAGAACCUCUAUUCUAGUCAGCAGGACAGACAUUGACUUUAAGUGCUGGAUUUAUUAGAUUAAUUAAGACUAAAAACUGACCCGGCAUAAAGAUAACAGCAGGACAGAGAGGGCCCGACGCUGUGGAAAGCUUUAGACAUCAGAGGUCAUAGCUACGACGUUGGAAACAUGAAGGUAGAAGAGGCAUUGGAACAAGGGAGCUUUUGUUCUUGUUUUGGCAGAAAUACAGAAGAUUAGUUCGGUAUUUACUUAAAGGCAGCUGACUUGCAGUAAGUUCACAGAAUCCAGAGGACCAGCUGACUUCUUACUGCCGCUCCAUCACUGACCGUCAGCAGACACUCGCCCACCAUGACCACCAAUAUCUCAGAACUUGCCGUGUCCCUGAAUUCAGGUGAUGAGAACACGCUCCUAUCACAAGGCUUUACGAAAGUCAAGGUUAAUCUGAACGACGGGACAGAAGGAAACAUCAUCUAUCUCUGGUACAAAUGUGGCCAAGACCCGAUAACCAGGGUUCAACUUACAUUCAACUAUGAAAUGGGUGUUGGAUUGGCCAGUGCAAACUACACAAAGAUCUCUAAAAACCUCAAUACUGGAACAGAAGGUGAUCCCAUCUACCUUUGGUACUUCAAAGGGAAAACAGCAAAUGAUGUCCCCAUACAACAGAUCGAUGUCACCACUGAUGCUGAAAAUGAAGCAGUGAAGUUCACCCAAGACUGGGAGAGACUGGCCUGUGAUCUGAACCGCGGGGCUGGAGGAAAGAUGAUCUACGCCUGGGUGAAGAGAGAGAAACAAACCUACAUCUGCGAGGUCACUGCCACUGCUGCCUACGAUUCUGUCGAGGUGUGCGCUAAAGAUGGUUUCAUCCGUGUGGAUGAAGAUACCAAUAAGGGUGCAGGAGGAUCCCCCGUCUUCAUCUGGUACCGUCUGACCAACGACAUCCAGAACGCUCUCAAUUUUCUGCAGGUCUCCACCAAUGAUACCCAGAUGCAUGACCUUCAGCUGCAAAAGUACAAACAAGUGAAAGUUGACCUGAAUGAGGGGACCGGCAAGAACCAUGUGUACCUGUGGUCCAAGAAACAGGGAUCCAUCAAUCCCAUUAAGGCCAUCAGCCUGCUUCUCGACAAAGCUCAGAUUCAAGCGUACGAGACGGCUGGUGUCAAUGUUAUCAAAAGAAAUCUCAACCAGGGCACUGCCGGCCACACUGAGUACCUGUGUGUUAAUCAGAACCCCUGAGAGAAGGCGUCUUCAUGGUAGCAGAGCUGAGAAUUCUCAACUGCAAGAAUGAUGUUAAAUCAUUUUGGUGAUGGCCUCUUUCACUAAAAAAAAUGUGAUUAUGUUAAACAGUAAUACUACUGGUAAUAUCAGAAAGUAUAUAUAUUAUAUGAUUUAUACUGUAAACAUGAAGUCAAUGAAAUCAAUCAAACUAUUUCAUUUUU